AGUUACCGUUUCAAAAUAGUUUGAAAUUUGUUUUGAUUGUUGAUUAUGUUGAAAAGAUCCUUUUAAUUGAUCAAAAUAGUGGUAAUUAAUAAAGUAUAUAGCGUUAUUUAGCACUUGUUGUAUCUAUUACACAAUAUUAAAGCAGUAAAAUGGAUUCAGUGGACUUAGAACUUGAAACUAAAUGCGAGAACGCGUUAAAUUUAGUAGCAGAAUCACGGAAACGCUUCGGCAAACUAUGCGUCGAAUACGAUCAAAAAAUGUUGUUGAUGGAAAACAAACUGCUUAAUUUACAAGUGGAAACUGUAUCAAACUAUCGUUUCAAACCUAAAAACACCAUUCCGAACAUAGACGAAGAUAGUACGAAGGAUUUGGACGAUUUAUUUGUAGAAAUUAGCGAAAAAGAGCAACGAUUACAGGAUGUAAUGAGAAAAUUGAAGAAUACUCACGAAGUUAUCAUGCAAUUGGAUGCUGACGUCAUCGGGAAGAAGUUACGCGCGCCCCUAAACGCAGAUACAAUGUUGGCGCAAGCUAAAGCUAGUAAACUUUUAAAACCAUAGCCUAUAUUCUUUUUUUGUAGAUGGUAUUGUUAUUAUUCAGCCUUGUACUAAUAUAUGAUAUGCAUACUCCAUGGAAGAAGACUCCACUCAUCGAAGCAACCAUGACCACUCUGCCAAGAGUGUACGAUUGAGAAGAUACUUCAUGCUCUUAGUCAUCAUCAUUGUCAAUAGCCUGUAGAACAGUGCCGGAUAA